UCACGCUGCUUCCUCAGGUCAGACAGGCUUUAUUUAACGAGAUGGACCUGCAGCCCACCAACUGGAGCUACUGCAGCUGCUGUUUACCCCACAGCAUCAUGGGAGCUGGAGUCCCCCGGGGGGGCGCAGAAGGACAGCUGAUCAGCUGAGGAUUGUGGGUCAGCAGAGUUGGGAGAUGUGAGCUGGUGGGCGGACGGCGCUCAGCAAACUCUCGCUGUCGUCUCUCUCCUCGUCUCCGCUGCUGCAGCUUCGUCCUCUCCUCCCUCUCCUCCCUCUCCUCCCAGCCUCACGUCUCCUCCUGCAUCUGCCGCCGACGCACCUCCACCAGGAGAAGCCAGGAUGGGUUGUCGCCUCACUCGGACCAAGGCUAAGACUCACGAACCUUCCGGCCACCGCCACCGCGAGGAGCUCCAUUUUGUGGACGAGUAUGGCCAGCCAAUAACAGUGCAGGUGGACAGUAAGAGGGGGCGUGGCCACAGGAGGAGGCGGUCCCACUGCGCGAUGGAGUGCAGCGUCCCAUCAGAAAGACACUGGGAGGCGCUGAGAGCGAUGGGUCUGAUGGAGGGGGAGGACGGCCAGGGAGACGUCUACGGUGCGGGGAGCUACUAUGGUCACAUGACCGUGUCACCUGACCCAUACCCGACCAACAGCCACAUGAUGAUGUCACCUGACGUGUAUCCGCCCAAUGGCUACCUGCCCACAGCGUCCAACGACCAGCACCCAGGUAACAGCUACCUGCCCAGCGUCUCCUACAGCUUGGACCACCUGGACAGGCUGGACUACCAGGGGCCAGAGAUGAUGCCCUACCAGCCGAACUCGGAGAGUUGUCUGAUUGGCUGCUACAGCGCAGAGGAAGGCAAGCCUCAGACUUUCCCCAGACAGUCGGACUAUCGUCCUCCCUGGAGGCCUGACCGUCCUCUCAGCUACCUACCCCUCAGUGAGCUUGACAGCGGGUUGGGAUGCGGGCCCGACAGCCCCCACCACAGGGUGGCGCUCUCAGAAGCUGAGACAGAUGCCAUGUCGUCGCUGCCGGGUCACACCGCGUCCUCCCAAGGUUCCUCCUCGUCCUCGGAGUCGCUGAUAUCGUCCGAACCCAGCGACUCCGGCUUCCACAGCGUCAGCACCGGGGAGCACAGACGGCUGCACAAGAUCCCCAGCGGCCACGCUCACCGGCAGACUCACCACUUCCGCUCAGGCCACUCCCCUCGAGAGCAGAGAGCACGCUGGGAUUUGGAGUCCAUCCCCGAAACGACGCCGGUGACCCACGCUGGACCACCGCAGGCUUCCCGGUGCUCUGUGGGAAACAGCACGACCACAGUGGUUCAUUUCCACAGAGCUGAGAGAAGUCCCACGUUACCUCGCCACCAUUCACCCCCGUCGCCCUCCAUGGGUAGUCGUACGGAGCCCUGCCAGCGGAGGGCGCUGUGGCUGGAGCAGCAACAGCAGGGCGGAAGCGGAAAGAUGGAGGCUCCAGGGAGGAGUCGAACAAUAACAGAUCUGAGUGAAGGCCAGCGGCCUCGCAGGGCGAGUCACCCCAACAUGACCGACCCGACCGCUUUGAGAAACACUCACCAGAACAGCCACCCCGGUGCGAGCGGCAGCACAAUGGGACCGAGGAGCAGGGCCAGCUAUCCCAGUAACUGUCAUCCCAACGAUCCCGUCAGCCUAGACAGAGUCAGCCUGAUCAACCAUCACAGCGCCAACCGGAGCAGAGAGGAGGACUCCCUCUCCAAAAGCCCCGGAUCUGCGUCCAGCGGAGUCAGCGGCGUCUCAGACUGGCGGGGCUUCCAGACUCUCUGGAGUCACAUGGAAAAACCCAAAACCUCCUGCGGCCCCUUCUACAGCACACUGGGAGCCCCAGAGCGUAGCCCCCGAUCUCCCACGUCUCCCCGCUCCAGGCUAUCCAAUCAGAAGUCGGUUAGGAACCAGCUGCUCAGAGCCCGGGCUUACCGAUUGGCCAGGGAGCGCAGCGAGGUCACAACAGAUGAAGAAAUGCGAGGGGACGGGUCGAGAGGUGGCGAGGACGAAUGGGAGGACGGUCGGUGGGCGGGGAGGUACUGGAGUCGGACCGAGAGGAGGCGCCACAUGGCGUUGUCACGGCAGCAUCGAGAAAGGCGAGGCGGGAUGGAGGAGCACGUUGGCGGAUGCCAGGGGGCGGCGUCGUCUCAGAUGGUGCUGGAGCUGAGCCACCUGAAGCAGAACCGGCUGAGGAACAGCAAGCUGCUCGACGAUUGGACGACGGUGGAGGAGCUGCUGACGCACGGCACCCGGGUGGAGAGUGACAGUCAACUGUGUCCCAGUCCGCUGCUGUCAGUCACCACCGUCUGAUCCAAAGACAGGCUCUUCCUGUUAGCUCUGAGCGAAACCUCACAAAGGCCCAGGUCCGUUAAGGG